GCCCUGGCUUGACUUUUGUGCUAUGUAGCAAUCGAGACUUCUAGGUUUAAUUUUACUUUGUAGCUGAAGAAGGUUCUAUCAUCUACUGCCCCCAUGCUGUCGCUCUUGAUCCGACGGACUGUACUCCACAGUCGUCAGCGGCUACGCCUGAUACACUCUGAAAUUAAGGAUAUAAAGAAUGAGCCAGUCCUUGAAUUUAGACGGGGGAGUCCAGAGCUGGCUGCCUUGCAGAAGGCCCUUAAAGACUUGCAAGGCAAAAUGGAGGAAAUCCCAUGCAUGGUUGGAGGUGAGGAAGUGUGGACCAAGGAUGUGAGAUACCAGGUCUCGCCCUAUGAUCACUCACAGAAAGUUGCCAAGUACUGCUAUGCUGACAAGGAGCUUAUUAAUAAAGCAAUCAAUGCUGCUGUUUCGGUACGGAGAGACUGGGACCUAAAGCCCCUCAGAGAUCGAGCAGAGAUCUUCCUGAAAGCAGCAGAUUUGAUUUCUGGACCAAGGAGAGCAGAGGUGUUAGCCAAAACAAUGAUUGGCCAGGCUAAGACAAUUGUCCAGGCAGAAAUUGACGCUGCAGCUGAGCUAAUUGAUUUUUUACGUUUCAAUGCCAAAUAUGCCUUAGACCUGCAGAAUGAUCAACCAAUCAGCUGUCAUCCCAGCACCAAUAAGAUGGUGUAUAGAGGCCUAGAGGGGUUUGUAGCAGCGGUGUCGCCCUUUAAUUUUACUGCCAUUGGUGGCAACUUGGCUGGAGCACCUGCAUUGAUGGGCGGGGUAGUGCUGUGGAAACCAAGUGACACUGCUAUACUCUCCGGCUAUGCUGUGUACCAGAUACUUCUGGAAGCUGGUCUUCCACCCAAUGUUAUCCAGUUUGUACCAGCAGAUGGACCAGUUUUUGGAGAUACAGUGACAUCUUCCGAACACUUGGCAGGAAUCAAUUUUACUGGCAGUGUGCAAACUUUUAAACGUUUAUGGAAACAGGUAUCAGAGAAUCUAGACCAAUACCGCACUUUCCCUCGUCUGGCUGGAGAGUGUGGUGGGAAAAACUUCCAUUUUGUCCACAAGUCAGCUGACGUAAAUAGUGUUGUGAAUGCAACUAUUCGCUCAGUUUUCGAGUAUGGAGGUCAGAAAUGCUCAGCUUGUUCCCGUAUGUAUGUUCCUGACUCACUUUGGCCACAGAUUAAAGAGCAGCUCAUUGAAGAAGUUAAAAAGAUAAAAGUUGGAAAUCCAGUUGAGGACCUAAGCACCUUUUUCUCAGCAGUUAUUGAUGAAAAGGCCUUUGGGCGGAUUAGGAAAUGGCUUCAGCAUGCCCAUUCAUCACCGAACCUGUCCAUUUUGACUGGUGGAAAGUGUGACGAUACAGUAGGGUACUUUGUGGAGCCCACCAUUAUAGAGACCAAGGACCCAAAAGACCCAAUAAUGGAAGAGGAAAUAUUUGGACCUGUCCUGACAGUGUACGUGUAUCCAGGAAAUAAAUACGAAGAAAUAUUGCACUUAAUUGACGCUACAUCUCCGUAUGGCCUCACAGGGGCAGUGUUUGCACAGGACAAGGGUGUGAUCAAUGAAGCAACUCGGCUGCUGCGGAAUGCUGCAGGGAAUUUCUAUAUUAAUGACAAAUCAACAGGAGCUGUUGUGGCCCAACAGCCUUUUGGGGGAUCUAGAGCAUCUGGAACUAAUGACAAACCUGGUGGUCCUCAUUACAUUCUUCGCUGGACGUCUCCUCAGGCUAUUAAGGAGACCCACGUUCCACUGACAGAGUGGAAAUACCCAUACAUGUCAUAGCAAAACACAGCACCACUACUGAGACUGUUAACUUUGCAGCAGAUUAUAGUUUGAUCCUGGCUGUUACCUCAAUCUUUUAUGUACUACUGAUUUUUAAAACUGUGGAUAUGUUUGUCACUAAGGCAAAGCUCCAUGUACUACUGAUUUCAAUACGUGCUGAAAAUCACUUACUGGAGAAAUAGCUAUGCUAAACAGUGUUACAUUUCCAUAAUUACUUGCAACAACUUUUUUUUAAAAAUAUCAUUUGUUUUUGUAGCAGGUUGUCACUGAAUGUCUUCGCUUUUUUUAGAUGAAAUAUUUAAUAUUAUAUACUUAAAGUAAAUUGAUUGUAAACCUAAAAAUAUGCAAUGCACUUGCAGCCAUGUUAAACAGAUUAUUCAAACAGAUAAAAUAAGAAGAACUAGUCUUACUGUGAGGCGACAAUGCUACCGCAGCACCACCACCGCAAUUAUAAAACUGAUCAAAGCUUCUUAGCUUUCUGAAGCUAAUUUUUUAGGUAGAAAAUUGUUAUUCCACUUGUUUGCUGGCAGAAUGACAGCAUUGCUGCUGUUAUUAAUGGCAGACUCAUUUUGUGCUCAAAAUCUGGUAACAUCUAAUUCAUUGCUAGGUCAAGCAAAAUGAGGACUUAAUUUUUUGGGCAGUCUGUCUCAAGACUUCAUGUGAUGGUAUUUGCCUACAUAUUUCUCAUAAGGAGAAUACUUGACUUAUGCUGUGAUCAUUAUUUGGUCCUGAUGAUGUCUCCAUCAGUAUCUCCAGUUAAAGAAUAACAAGAAAAUCCACUGGAGUCAGGAGAUGGUGGGAUGCACUGUGGCUUUGAGGCAACGUCUGUUCCACAUUUAUGUUCCUGAAAAAAUGUGUGACCAGAGUUAUGUUAGCAAAUGCAUACAGCUAAAAGUUAAAAUUCUGCUGGGGAAAACUGCAUCAAUAAGAAGGGCUCUCUCAAAGACAAGUGACAUUAUGUUUGUUCAAUGGAGAAUAUAGAAAAUGAAGUAGCCAUUACUGAAAAAUAUGGCAUAGCUAGUAAGUAAGUUUGGCAGUUAGCACAGAGGCUUAAGGCUGUGAGCUGUAAACAUGUUUUCUGUGUGAUAGGGUUUGUUUCCUUCAACUUUUAUUUGCCUUCUGUAUGACCCUGAGCAAGUCAUUUAACCAAACGGUGCAUUGGGGCAAUUGAAAAUUUGGUCUAGGCUCAUGAAUCGUCUCCUGAACUUACAUGCAUAUUAAUUACUUAUAACACAUAUACGUAUGAACCAUAAAUAAGUGAAUAUGAUAUAGGAAGUAAAUAACUGACAUAGAUAGGAAGUAAUUAACUAUAACAUAGAAAGUAACUAUGACCUAGAUAGGAUGUAAAUAACUAUGACAUAGAUGGGAACUAGCUAACUAUGACAUAGAUAGGAAGCAGCUAUGACAUAGAUAGAACAUGCUGUGUGUUACUUGCACUGCGUGACUUUGUUCUUUUAUACACAAGAAUGUACAUUAAUUUAUGUGACUGAAAUCUCACUAUGCACAGACUUUACUGCUGCUUUGUAUGCAAUUUGUAUUUGAUCAGCAGUACUUUAUAUUCAAUAGACGGGGAGCACCCCACCUGUACUUGAGUGUCUUAUUCAGGCGUUGGCCAUGAGCUUUUUUUGGCCUCACUUGUAAUCUGUAACUAUCACUAAAGAAUACAGUUUUGUUUUCAUGGAGAAA